AUGGAUGGAAGUGCGAUGGAUGUUGUGAUAAAUGAUGAUACGGAGCUCCCUUCCCUAUCCAGUGGAGAACGGUCUGUGGCCAGUGGAGAACGGACUGUGGUUCUAGUUGGACGUACUGGCAAUGGAAAAAGUUCCACCGGGAAUAGCAUUCUUGGAAAAAGGGCUUUUAAGUCCAAGACUAGUUCAUCUGGUGUUACUAAAACUACUGAAUUGCAGCGAACUGAGCUCAAAGAUGGCCAGAUCAUUAAUGUUAUUGAUACUCCUGGACUCUUUGAUUUUUCAGCCGAAUCUGAAUUUCUUGGGAAAGAAAUUGUCAAAUGUAUUAAAUUGGCCAAGGAUGGUAUCCAUGCAGUCCUUUUAGUUUUGUCAGUGAGAAACCGUUUUACACAAGAAGAACAAGCUGCAGUACUUACCUUGCAGUCUUUGUUUGGAAGAAAAAUUAUAAACUACAUGAUUGCAGUCUUCACCGGUGGGGACGAACUUGAAGAAAAUGAGGAAACAUUGGAAGAGUAUUUGGGUCGCGAAUGUCCAGAUCCUUUAAAGGAUAUUCUUGCUUUGUGUGAAAAUCGGCGAGUGCUUUUUGAUAACAAGACUAAGGAUGAAACCAUAAGAGCUAGACAAGUUGGAGAGCUUCUCUCCCUUGUUAACAGGGUCAUAGCGCAGAAUGGCGGACAACCAUACACAGAUGAAAUAUUUGCUGAAGUGAAGAAGGAGGCUAUGAAACAUCAUAAACAACAAGUGGAGGUUGAUUCCCUAAAGGGAUAUUCAAAACCAGAAAUUACAGAGCUGAAGGCGGAAAUAGAAAGAUCAUAUGAAGAUCAACUCAAACGAAUUAGUAAGAUGAACGAUUUGCGUGAUUUGGUGCAUGCAAUUGGACACGUGGAAGCUCUCCAGCUUAUGGCUGGCCUAGCACGCACCUACUACUCUGACAGAAGCAAGCUAGUCUUUUGUCACGUGACUCGGCUGUGGGUUCCCAGGUUGAGGCGCAUUAAAUACAGAGUGGGAGAGUAUCGUUGUUUGAGUUUUUCAGCGGGAAACAUACGACGGUUAGCGACCAUGCCUCCGAAGGCGCCUGGGUUGUCAAGACCUAAGCAGUUUGUCUUCCCUCGGAUGAGGACGACCAAGACUGAAGCUGCUCCCCGAGGUCCCCCGGCCGAGGGUGGCACGUCAGGAGCUCUGGCUGAACCUGCUGGGGCUUCCUAG